AUGCUUCGCUGUUUGAUUGGGCCAACUUUCAUUGCUGAUGUAGAUGGUGACAAAGCAAAGGGAAUAAGUGUCAGCUGCUGCAGUAAGCAGCAGGCGGAGUUCUGUCCCUCUCUUCUCUCGGACGCAAAAAGUGGGAAGAAUCUGCAAAUGCCCAAUUUCUAA